AACCAAAAUUAAGGAGAUUAGCCAAUGAUCUCUCUCUUUCUCUCUAGCUCGCAACACAACACCACACUUAUUGUAUCUUAGAUUUGUGUCUAAUACAACUCAAAGAGGAGAUCUUUCUCCAAAUCUGCAAAUGCCAAUUUAGUUCCUUUGCUUCCUUCAAAUCGUAGAAGCAAAACCCAGUUUGUAUUUCAAGAGAUAGAGACAGAGAGAUGGGAGGGUACUCAUGGGGGUCAGCCUUUGAUUCAAAAUCAGGGCAGAUGAUAAUGGUGGCUUUGUUAUUAAUGGUGGGUUCAUUUUACACUGGCACUCUUUUUGGCAAUAACAAUGCCUCCAUUUAUGUCUCUCAACUCUCCUCCUCCUCUAAUUCCUCUUCAUCUUAUGGUAUUUACACAUUCACCAACAAAGUUGCUCUUGCUUAUCGACAAACACCAAUUGUAAUCCCAGAAAGUGGGAUGAAUGUAUGCCCUUUGAAGUUCAAUGAGUAUAUCCCUUGCCAUGAUGUUGCUUAUGUGAAAACUUUGUUCCCGUCCUUGGAUCUUUCUAGAAGAGAAGAGCUAGAGAGGCAUUGUCCUCCACUUGAGAAGCGUUUGUUUUGCCUGGUGCCACUUCCAGAAGAUUAUAAAUUGCCCAUAAAAUGGCCAACCAGCUGGGAUUAUAUGUGGAGAAGCAAUGUGAAUCAUACACAUCUUGCUGAAGUCAAAGGAGGACAGAACUGGGUGCAUGAGAAAGAUCAACUAUGGUGGUUCCCUGGUGGUGGCACUCAUUUCAAGCAUGGAGCAGCUGAUUACAUUGAGAGGUUAGGAAAUAUGAUAACUGAUGAUACAGGUGAUCUGCAUUCAGCCGGGGUUGUUCAAGUUCUGGAUGUUGGCUGUGGUGUUGCUAGCUUCUCAGCUUAUCUUCUUCCUUUGGAUAUACAAACAAUGUCUUUUGCUCCCAGAGAUGGUCAUGAAAAUCAGAUUCAGUUUGCUUUAGAACGAGGAAUUGGUGCCAUGACUGCUGCCAUUUCCACAAAACAGCUACCAUAUCCCUCUAGCUCUUUCGAGAUGGUUCAUUGUUCGAGGUGUCGUGUUGACUGGCAUGAGAAUGGUGGUAUUUUAAUCAAAGAAGUUAAUCGUCUUUUGCGAGAUAAUGGAUAUUUUGUCUAUUCGGCUCCUCCUGCUUAUAGAAAGGAUAAAGAUUAUCCAUUGAUUUGGGAUAAGUUGGUAAAUCUGACUUCUGCUAUGUGCUGGAAACUCGUUGCUCGAAAAGUUCAAACCGCAAUUUGGGUGAAACAAGAAAAUGAGUCAUGCCUCCUGCACAAUGCAGAGGUGAAGCAAAUAAACAUAUGUGACACUGUGGAUGACAUGAAACCAUCUUGGAAAACACCACUGAGGAACUGCAUACCAAGAAGAAGUGCACAAACUAAUCCUCAGAAACUGCCUCCCAGACCAGACCGUCUCUCUGUAUAUUCAAAGAGUCUCAGCAAAAUUGGUAUCACUGAAGAAGAGUUUUCUUCAGAUGCUAUAUUCUGGAAAAAUCAAGCUGGCCAUUACUGGAAGCUGAUGAAUAUCAAUGAGACGGAUAUAAGAAAUGUCAUGGACAUGAAUGCUUUUAUUGGCGGAUUUGCUGUUGCUUUGAACUCACUGCCUGUUUGGGUGAUGAAUAUAGUUCCCGUGAGCAUGAAUAAUACCUUGUCAGCUAUUUAUGAUAGGGGUCUCAUAGGAGCUUUUCAUGACUGGUGUGAGCCAUUCUCAACAUAUCCACGAACAUAUGAUCUAUUGCAUGCCAACCAUCUCUUCACACACUACAAAGACCAUGGAGAAGGUUGCCUGCUAGAGGAUAUCAUGCUGGAGAUGGACCGUAUUAUCCGACCUCAGGGAUUUAUUAUCAUCAGAGAUGAGGAAUCGAUUACAUCAAGAGUCCAGCAUUUAGCUCCAAAGUUUCUGUGGGAGGUCGAAUCACAUGUUCUGGAAAACAAAGAAAAGAAGACUGAAGCUGUACUAAUAUGCAGAAAGAAGUUCUGGGCAUUGGUAUAAGGUGUACUUUUUACAGUCUUUUUUUCAUUUUACCCUUUGUAUCUUGCAUUUGCUCAUCAGCUCAUGCACCUUGUAGAAUGUAAAGAGGUCAUCAGCUUGUAGUAAAUGAUCAUUUACUUUGUGGUUAAUUCA